AUGUUGUGUGUGAACUUCCUGUGCAGACUCUGAUCUCAGAGCAGCAGCUGAGCUUGUUGUUGUUGUUGCUGGGACUCGUGAUAAGUAGGUCAUGGGGAAGCGCAGCUCCGCCUGCUGCUCCAUCAACUGUCGCGUAUCCUCCGAGUAGCGAGCGGCUCCUUCGCUGAACAACAUCUCUGCAGCUUCACACUUUUACCUUCGAGCUGCUUGUGGACAUCAGGCAGCAGCUGAACUGAUGCUGUUCAUCCAACAUCUGGAAUAAACCUGGUCUGACUGUCAGGUCCUUCUACAACUGAGACAGAGAGUUACUGCCAUGUCCAGACGAAGCAGGAACAGUCGUGCGUGGAGAUACGUUUGGGGUGGGAUACGGCGGGACGCUGAUGCCCGGGCUCUCGUGUUGGCCUCUGAAAGCGAAGAAUGGAGCUGUGGCCGCCUAGAGUUUAGUGACUCAGACUCUGAGACAGAUUUUUCAGCAGUGAUGGUCCCUCCAGUCCCCAGCGCCGUGCCGGUCACCGGAGAGUCCUACUGUGGCUGCGAUUCCCAGGCUGAGACCAGCUACAACCCUCGUCUGCGAGGGUUUCACCAAGUAAAAGACUGUCACUGUGGAGAGGAUGACCAAGAAUUUGACUGGGUGUGGGACUCAAACAACCGGUCGACAGCAACAUUACUGAGCUGUGACAAUCGCAAAGUGAACUUCCACUCUGAAUACAGCUGUGGCACAGCUGCGAUCCGUGGCUCCAAAGAGCUGGUUGAAGGACAGCACUUCUGGGAAAUCAAGAUGACAUCACCAGUGUAUGGAACCGACAUGAUGGUUGGCAUAGGUGCUUCUGAUGUCAACCUCGACAAAUACAGACACACCUUCUGCAGCCUGUUGGGAAAAGAUGCAGACAGUUGGGGUCUCUCUUACACAGGCUUGCUGCAUCAUAAAGGAGACAAGAUUAAUUUUUCUUCACGGUUCGGACAGGGGUCCAUCAUCGGAGUCCACCUGGACACGUGGCAUGGCACACUUACUUUCUUCAAGAAUCGAAAGUGUAUAGGUGUUGCUGCCACAGAGCUCCAAAAUAAGAGGUUUUAUCCGAUGGCGUGCUCCACAGCAGCCAAAAGCAGCAUGAAGGUGAUCAGGUCCUGCUCUGCCCCCACCUCCCUGCUCUACCUUUGCUGUGCUCGCCUUCGGCAGCUGCUGCCAGACUGUAUAGACACCCUGGACGUGUUGCCGCUGCCCCCAGGCCUUCGUCAGUUGCUGCACAAUAAACUGGGUUGGGUGCUCAGUCUCAAUAGUGGCGCCAUAGAAGAAACCCCAGAUGGGCCUGAGCCCUCCUCACAAUUGUCUGUCCCUCCCUUGGCUGGACCGUCCUCUUCUGAGAGUGACUCGGAGGGUUGCACGUCCGACCCUGAAGCCUGUCAGAGGAAAAGAUGCCGCUGGACAUGACUGGGCAGCUUGAAUCCUACCUCCUCUUAAACACUGGCAGAGGUUACUGUGCUUUGGCAUCUAAUCUAGUGUUACUUACCUGCCUCAAGCUUUCCUCAGCACCACUGUUGGUAGUGCAGAGAACAACCAGGAUCAGUUGAGCAGAGAGGGUGUGUAGGCGUUGGCAGUAUUUCUGCCUGCACGUUUAUUACUGUGAUCUUCUCUCAUGCCAUUCACAUGUCUUCAUGCUCUUCAUGCACUCAGUAUCUAACACCAGCUUCAGUAAUACGUGAAAAGAUGUGGCGUUGUUUUGUUUACUUACAGAAUUUGUUGCCAUUCAUCAUUGGGGAUGAGCGACAUUGUGCAGGAAUGGUACAGCGAGAACUGUACAACGUGACACUGAAGCAAGAUGAGGCCAAAUUCUAGUCGUCAUCUUUAAAUAUUUGCAGAAGGAGGGGGGGGUAAAAAAUGACAGACAGUCAAGGUUUUUUUUCUAUGUUUUUAUCCUGUAUGCAAAUAAUGUAUAUUCUUCUCAGCCUCAACGCUGUCCAUACAUUAUCAAGGUUGUCUGUUACCUGUGUCAAUGGCAUCUGCAAUUCCUACUUUUCCAAAGUGAGAAUCAGUUGAUACUUGUUUCUUACCGACAGGUCACGGCGGUGAAUCUAAAACUUAAACUAUAAACAAACUAAAGAAACGAUAGGAGGGGGUGGAAUGAACGCGAGUGCACUUUUAGUCAAAAAAAUGAAAUGAUGAUGUUUCUGUCUUUCGUGGGUCGGCUCUUGAUCCCCAAACAACUGAAGCACAUCUGAUUGUUCAUCACAUUAUUGGAAACAUUUUUUUUCCAAUAUUUGAUUAAUUCCAGUCUCCAUUUGAAAAGUCCCAACUGUGGUUUAUAGAUACUACGAAUUUCCACUUUUCUGAAAAAUGUAAGCAGUAUACAUUGUCUGGUGUGUGUCAGUGAACCAGACCACUGCACCUUUUAAGUAACUUUUUAUCGCUGUUACAUCUAAUUGUUGUUUAGAGCUUAAAGUUUGUUUGUUUGAGAUUAUGAGCAGUUUUAAGGUUAAACGUUCUUAUGCAAUGGUUUUGUUCUGUUUUUCCCAAAGGCCUUGUUCAAUCCCUGUCCUUAACUGCUCUUGAUUUACUAAAGUUGUAUUUAAUGCUCAUUAAUAAUUCAUAAUAAUUAAUCAUUUCAGUAUCAUACACUCAGCCCCUCUUGGCCUGAAACAUGAGUGUAGAAAGGUGCAAUGUGAACAUCUGCUGUGAUCAGCUUGAAUUUGAUUACUGUGGAUUUCAAUUAUUACAAGCUUUCAGAGCAGAAACUAAUUUUCAGUCUUGUCAUAGAAACUUGUUUCACUGCUCCUGCAGAAGAAAUGAUUCUCAGCUCUUUCUGUAGAUGUUUUUGUGUGUUUCUGCCAGUUCUAUGUGGCUAAAACACAGUUUAAAUAUUGUGCUACUGUCUGGUCACAAUCAUAACUGAUGAAAACUGUUGAUUUUGCUAUAUUUUUUCAUAACUGCAACAGAGGCAGACUGUGGCCUUUUGAUGCCUACAGGGGCUGAGUGGGGUUGAAAGGUCAAUUUAAAUCUGAAUUAAUCUUAAUUUAGUGACAAGGGUCAGAUAUAAAGUAUAGUUUUUUUGUCAGAGUACCCAACCAUAACAAUAUAAGUAUAAUGAUAGUGUAAGAGUAGUGGUUGAAGCUAAACAGUUUGCCCACUGCUGCCUCAGUCACCUGUCUCUUAUCUCAUUUAGCUUAAGUAGAUACACACAAACAUUUAUGGUACUAUGCAAUGCAAUUAUCUUCUGUGAUGAUGGUUUUCAGGAGGAAUGGGUGUUUCUGGGUGCCAUUCUGGAGACACUGGCACAGCAACAGUGGUGACGGUACCAGAGGACCAUGCUUAUCGGCCAUGAUUAGUGUUACAUUCCAGUUGUGCAAUGAGUUAGUCUGAAAUCCCUCUUUGUAGAUCCAGUGAUGUAACCACACAAUGGUUAGUUGUAGUCCAGCAGGUGUAUUUCAUUAACUUCUUUCACUA